AUGGAUCCUAAGUCUGGCUCGGCCGCUUCGUACUUGACUUGUAAUAUUGAAUAUGCUGAGUACUGGAGAAAUCAAUAUCAGGAAGUUGUACAACAGCUGGAUCGACUGAAGGUCGUGGAUAGCAAGGCCUACAACUCAUACCAGUAUGGCUUGGGAGUUCAACAUAGUUCUGUAUCUGAGGAACUGCGCGCCCUCAUGAGCUUCGUUCGAGAGGAAGCAGAGCGGCGCCAAGCAGCAGACGUAGAACUGCACCGCCUACUGACAUGCAAGGGAGAUACAAUACCUGGAGAGUGUUAUGCACAACUUGAGAAGGAUAAGAACGAACUCCAAAUGCGUUUAAAGAAAAGCCAAGAUGAGCUUACUGUCCUGGUGGCGAAGAUGAACACUUUUGCUGUCCAAGCGACUGUAUUGGCGGCGGAAGCGCACAAAUGGCGGAGAGACAAAAUAUUAGAAUUAUUCAAGACUGAUUCGUUCGUUGCGAAUGACUUCGAUUCACCUCUAUUAAUUUCUAAGAACCCGCGUCUCAUUUACGACGUCCUCCCAGACGUAAGUUACUGGUUCUAUCCUCCUUGGACAUUUGCGCCCGAUGUAGCGUUUGAGCUUGUGGUAGAGGGCGAUCCGCAUGAGUGGAAGUACCUAGGCACGUACGUGACCGCACCGCUAGUCGGAUACGAGAUGAAGCUGUCCGAAUGGAUGAUACUUGAUGACGAGGUGCGGCGAGAUACAGACUACCAUAGGUUCGAAGAUACUAACCCCAUACAGACGAAAGACCAGCAUUGCCUCCGCGUCAAGGCUCAAAUCCUUGAACAAGCGCAGCUGCCUACUACUUGCACGGGACUCGACGUCCGACGACAUUACGACAUCGGUGAAUGGAGUGUUCCUUGCUACAGCCUCUGUUGCAUGGGGUUUAGCAUGAAGCUGCACGAUGCAUUGCAAUAUGCGUCAAAGGCCGUACAUUCCACAAUACCACUCACGCACACACCAACUAUUUUGGCGUCGAAACCCAUCGCAAAUCUUUCGCCGCGAAAUCUUGUCUUCAUCCCAGUUUGA